AUGGAAACCAAAGUUAGCUGGGUUAUUGAUGGAUGGAAAUUAGAGCCAGAUCUUUCAGGGUUUUUCUCUGGGAAAAUGGGAAGGAAAGGCAGCAAGCUCUCCUACGCCAUCACUUUGGUCUUCCACCCUUCCCGAGAGGAGAAUGUGGCCACUUUUCGAGGUUCCGAGUACCUGUGCUACGACCUGUCUCAGAACCCGAUCCAGAGCAGCAGUGAUGAAAUCACCCUCUCCUUUAAGACCUGGCAGCGGAACGGGCUCAUCCUGCACACGGGCAAGUCAGCUGACUAUGUCAACCUGGCUCUGAAGGAUGGCGCGGUCUCCUUGGUCAUUAACCUGGGGUCCGGGGCCUUUGAGGCCAUCGUGGAGCCAGUGAAUGGAAAAUUCAACGACAACGCCUGGCAUGAUGUCAAAGUCACGCGUAACCUCCGGCAGCACUCAGGCAUCGGACACGCUAUGGUGACAAUCUCUGUGGAUGGCAUCCUUACCACGACGGGCUACACUCAAGAGGACUACACCAUGCUGGGCUCGGACGACUUCUUCUACGUGGGAGGAAGCCCAAGUACUGCUGACUUGCCAGGCUCACCCGUCAGCAACAACUUCAUGGGCUGCCUUAAAGAGGUUGUUUAUAAGAAUAAUGACAUCCGCCUGGAGCUGUCUCGCCUGGCCCGGAUCGGGGACACCAAGAUGAAAAUCUAUGGUGAAGUUGUAUUCAAGUGUGAGAAUGUGGCCACACUGGACCCCAUCAACUUCGAGACCCCAGAGGCAUAUAUCAGUUUGCCCAAAUGGAACACCAAACGCAUGGGUUCCAUCUCCUUUGACUUCCGCACCACUGAGCCCAAUGGCCUGAUCCUCUUCACUCAUGGCAAGCCCCAAGAGAGGAAGGAUACUCGGAGCCAGAAGAACACCAAGGUGGACUUCUUUGCUGUGGAACUUCUCGAUGGCAACUUAUACUUAUUGCUUGACAUGGGCUCGGGCACCAUCAAAGUGAAGGCCACUCAGAAGAAAGCCAAUGAUGGGGAAUGGUACCAUGUGGACAUUCAGCGAGAUGGCAGAUCAGGUACCAUAUCAGUGAACAGCAGGCGCACGCCAUUCACCGCCAGCGGGGAGAGCGAGAUCCUGGACCUGGAGGGGGACAUGUACCUGGGCGGGCUGCCGGAGAACCGUGCUGGCCUCAUCCUCCCCACUGAGCUCUGGACUGCCAUGCUCAACUACGGCUACGUGGGCUGCAUCCGUGACCUGUUCAUCGACGGGCGCAGCAAGAACAUCCGGCAGCUGGCGGAGAUGCAGAACGCUGCGGGCGUCAAGUCCUCCUGUUCGCGGAUGAGCGCCAAGCAAUGCGACAGCUACCCCUGCAAGAACAAUGCUGUGUGCAAGGACGGCUGGAACCGCUUCAUCUGCGAUUGCACGGGCACCGGCUACUGGGGAAGGACCUGUGAAAGGG